AUGCCCUCACCUAUAGUCGUGGAAGCCGAACCAGAGGCGCCUGCUCUGCUCAGUCGAACGGUUGCAAUCAUUGCCUGCUUUACCAGCAUUACAGGCAUCGGUAUUCUCCUUGCUGGACUCCUAACUGUAUGCAUCCUGGUGAUCUCCAAAGACAUACAUAUCCCACCAAAUUUACAACUUCGGCCAGCCUCUACCUUCGCGCUUGCCUGUGGCUGCCUGCUACUCCCAUGCGGUGCGAUGGCCGACGUCCUAGGAUGCCGACGGUCCUGCUUACUUGGUGGUCUAAUUCAGACCGCAAAUGCCCUUGGAUCAGGGCUUUUAGCCACCUCGACCCAGCGCAUCGCGUGGCGAGUGACAGCGGGUCUCGCCGCAUCAUUCUGUCUGCCUGGAGCCGUCGGCGUCGCUGGUCACACCUUCUCCGCGAGCAUCAGCCCGCGCCGUUGUAGUAUUGCAUUUGCUGCUAUGGGCGGUGGUCAAGCUACGGGUUUUGGACUGGGCUUGGUCCUGGGAGGUGUGUUUUCUGAUACAGUCGGCUGGCGCUGGGGUUUUCAUGCCACGGCCAUUCUCAACGCGGUUAUACUUGCAUUGGUCGCUUGGUCACUCCCGACUACUAUAGACGGGCCACCAUCAUUCUCUCGUCUAGCACAUGAACUUGACUGGGUUGGUGCUCUGCUCAUCAGCAUCUGCUUUGCGCUUCUCUCCUACGCGUUAGACGUCGCCACAGGAUCAGAAGCUAGUCAGAGCAUGCGCGAACCCCUAAACCUAACCCUUCUCUGUGUCGCAGUAGCACUCAUACCCGCAUUCUGCCUCUGGAUGCGUCGUCAAUCUCGCCUUUCUCGACCCGCCUUGAUCCCCAAUUCCCUAUGGACUAAUGUCCCAUUCACAUCGAUAUGCAUCACCGUCUUUCUAUCCUGGGGUGCCUUAAAUGCCAGCGAACAGCUCGCCGCCCUCUACUUCGAAGACGUCCUCGGCAAAUCCACCCUAACUGCAUCGCUGUACUUCCUCCCCGCCCCAAUCUGCGGGCUCCUGACGCACAUAGCCAUAGGUGCAUUUCUCCCCCUCUUACGACCUUCAAUAGCCGUUCCAAUCGCUUGUUUCGUAAGCGGCAUCGCCCCAUUAUUACUAGCCACGCUAUGCCGUCUCGACGGCCUAGGUUACUGGCAGGGUAUCUUCCAAGCAAUGGCGCUUAACCCGCUCGGCGCGGACCUCAUAUACACGAUUGCGAUUCUGGUGAUGACGGCGGCGUUUCCCGCGCAGACCCAAGCGCUAGCAGGUGGUGUGUUUAACAUGUUAUCGCAGAUCGGUAAGAGCGUGGGGAUUGCGACGUCGGCGUUGAUUGCGAGGCAAAUUACGGAAAAGACGGGGAAGACGAAUAGCAUGGAGGAAUUGUUGAUAGGGUAUAAGGCCGGUUGGUGGUAUAAUUGUGCGUUGGGGGUUUUUGGCGGUCGUGGUUAG